GAAUAAUAUGCGAUCAACUAUAAACUUCCACAGCACUCUCUCAGAUAUCCACUUCACUUUCAGUCAGUGAGUAGCAUAUUAGCGGCGAUGGAGUUGACACUAAAAUUAGCCCUGGCUAUAGUCGCCUUUGCAAAUGGCGCGCUAGGCAACGACAACUGGGUGAAGGUUGGGGCGCCUGUUGAUAAUUUGGCCGCCAAGAACGGCGGUAGCGGCAGCGGUGGUUUGGGCGGUUCUACUUCCAUGGAUGUAGAAACAGGCUUGGGUUUGGGGCCAUCAGAUCAGGCCACUGACUACGAGACAGAAAUCAUCACUGAAACAGUAGCCAUCACCAAGAUUAUCGAUGGUAGUAGAGGUGGUGCUGAUUGUGCCACCGGGCCUGGUGCAAAUUUGGCACAAAUUAACAUUCCCAGACUGGAUCUGUCAAAUAAUGUCGCAGCAGUACAAGCGAUUAUCGAUGCGCUUAACCCCCCGAUUCCAGGUGAUCUCUAUUCACGUGCUUCCAAUUCAUGCCCAAGUACCACGCCUGUAGAGUUAAUAGAUUAUAGCUUUGUAGAAGCUCUCUAUGGCAACAGCACAUCAUACACUACAAUGCUUGCGAGUGUACCUGCUGGAGCUUGCUGGAAUGAGACCUUGAAUUAUUGGGGUAGCAAGGAGUUCUACGAGGUACUACCCUUAGCGGAAAUCUUCAACAGUGAAGGUAGACCGUUGAAUAAAGGAAAUUUAGAAGGAUGCCCAACUAUUGACAAUUGUUUGAGUCAAGGUUGCUUCUCAGUUCUCAACAGCGAUGCAAAGAUACCAGCUUGUCUCCAGUGUAACGUGAACAUGUUUCAAAGUGAGAACUUAACGUCUUGCGAAAACGGUCCGUGCCCUGGUCCUCCGGAUCCCGACUGUGUUGGUAGUACAACUCAGCGUUUCUGCGGCUACAACUCAGUCUAUACGUCUUUCAAUGUGACUGCGGGAUCAGGUGGCAUAGUGUCGGCAUGCUUUGCUAGCCAGUGUUGCAAUGCACUUCCAGUUCCACCAAAUGUAGGAACCGGAAUUGUUAAAUGUCCAGGCGAAUGUAUAAUCCCGCCAUCUCCUACUGCAUCACCUACUACCUCACCAUCUCCCAGUACAACCCCAUCUGUAACCCCGACCGCAAGUACAACUCCAUCUGUAACCCCGACCGCAAGUACAACUCCAUCUGUAACCCCGACCGCAAGUACAACUCCAUCUGUGACCGCGAGCGCAAGUGUAACACCAUCUGUAACCGCGAGCGCAAGUACAACACCAUCUGUAUCCGCGAGCGCAAGUGUAACACCUUCGGCAACUCCCACCGCAAGCCCAAGUCCGUCAGUCACCACCACUCCUGUACCAGCCUGCUACCCGGCUAGGAAUGAUCUUGAUUUUGGGAAUGCUCCGCUUGAUACGAGAUGUGGAACAUUCUGUGUACUUGCUGGUGUUUUGACCAGAACUGGGGCUUUCGACGCCGUCAAUUGUGUUCGAGCCGAAUUUGAUGCUAGCGGUGACACCAAUCUACAAAUACGAAGUCUCGCAUCACAGCAAACCAUCGAGGUCCCACUCAUUGGAUUCAGCAAUCAAGACUUCGAUGCCAGCACGACACUGGCGCAUAUCACUGAGCCGAAUACAGUACUAACAUUCGAGGAAACCGGUGUCACAACAAAAAUACUGGGCGAAAUCAGUGCGGAAGCGAUAACCCUGUAA